CGGUACCUGUCCGCUGCCCUCCCUACCUGGUCGCGGGGCCGGCCGCUGCUCCGGCCCCAGGAUGCAGAAUGUGAUUAACACAGUGAAGGGAAAGGCGCUGGAAGUGGCUGAGUACCUGACCCCAGUCCUCAAGGAAUCAAAAUUUAAGGAAACAGGUGUAAUCACCCCAGAAGAGUUUGUGGCAGCUGGAGAUCACUUAGUCCACCACUGCCCAACAUGGCAAUGGGCAACAGGGGAAGAAUUAAAAGUGAAAGCAUACCUACCAACAGGCAAACAAUUUUUGGUAACCAAAAAUGUGCCAUGCUACAAACGCUGCAAACAGAUGGAAUAUUCAGAUGAAUUGGAAGCUAUCAUUGAAGAAGAUGAUGGUGAUGGGGGAUGGGUAGAUACAUAUCACAACACAGGUAUUGCAGGAAUAACUGAAGCAGUUAAGGAGAUUACAUUGGAAAACAAGGAUAGUAUAAAACUCCAGGAUUGCUCAGCACUCUGUGAAGAGGAAGAAGAGGAAGAUGAAGGAGAAGCUGCAGACAUGGAAGAAUAUGAAGAAAGUGGAUUGUUGGAAACAGAUGAGGCUACUCUAGAUACCAGGAAAAUAAUAGAAGCUUGUAAAAAAACUGAUGCGGGAGGUGAAGAUGCUAUUUUACAAACCAGAACUUACGAUUUAUACAUCACUUAUGAUAAAUAUUACCAGACGCCAAGACUAUGGUUGUUUGGCUAUGAUGAGCAAAGGCAACCUUUAACAGUUGAGCAUAUGUAUGAAGACAUCAGUCAAGAUCAUGUGAAGAAAACAGUGACCAUUGAAAAUCACCCUCAUCUCCCACCACCUCCUAUGUGUUCCGUUCACCCUUGCAGGCAUGCUGAAGUGAUGAAGAAAAUCAUUGAGACAGUUGCAGAAGGAGGGGGAGAGCUUGGUGUUCAUAUGUAUCUUCUAAUUUUUUUGAAAUUUGUACAAGCUGUCAUUCCAACAAUAGAAUAUGACUACACAAGACACUUCACAAUGUAACAAAGAGAACGUAGACUCUCAUAGUUAUUAAUUCUGAUUUUUAAAGAAUUAACCCAUAGAUGUGACCAUUGACCAUAUUUACCAAUAUGUACAAUUUCUCUAAUAAAGGGAGUUACAUGUUUAUGCAUUAAAUAAAAAAAGGUUUAGUACUAGCCUUAUUUGUUUAAUAAAAAUGAAUGUAAAGAGACAGUAUUUUUAAUCAAGGUUAUGGGAUUUCCCCAAAAUAACACUUUAAAUGAAUGUAUAGCUCAUACAGAAUUAGUGCUUUUGCCGGGUGUGGUUGAUGAAUGCCUGUAAUCCCAGUACUCCAGAGGCUGAGGCAGGAGGAUUGCUG